GCGGGGGGCACUGGAGGUGGCGGGGGGGAGGGCAGUCCCCGCAUGCCCCACUCCGGCGGCCCCUGGUUGGUAGAGCAGUCACAUGACUGCAUCCUGGCUGCCAGGGAGGCUGCGAGCAGGUGCAGCCUCCUGCCCUGAGGAGGCUGUUCCAGAGCCACAGAUGUGACAGACAGCCGAGCUGCCUGGCUGGGACUCUGGGACUCGUCACACCUCAGGGAGCUCACCACCCACCCCACCCCAGCUCAGCACCAGGCCCUAAGCAGGCCCGCCCACCGGGCCCUCCACCCACACGGGAUGUGCUCACGGCCUGAGCCUCCCCUGCGCCAUGUGGCAGUGGUCGGGGGCACCCACGGCAAUGAGAUGUCUGGCGUCUACCUGGCACGGUACUGGCUGCGGGCCCCGGGGGAGCUGCAGAGACCCAGCUUCUCCGCAGUGCCCAUGCUGGCCAACCCAGUGGCCACAGCCGCCUGCCGCCGCUACGUGGACUGUGACCUCAACCGCGCCUUCACCAGCGCCUUCCUCACGGCCAGGGCCCACCCGGAUGACCCAUAUGAGGUGACAAGGGCCCGAGAGCUGAACCAAUUGCUGGGACCCAAGGCCUCGGGCCAGGCCUUUGACUUCGUCCUGGACCUGCACAACACCACGGCCGGCAUGGGCGCCUGCCUCAUCGCCGAAUCCGCCCACGACGUCUUUGCGAUGCACCUGUGCCGCCACCUACAGCUGCAGAGCCCGGAGCUGCCCUCCCGGGUCUUCCUGUACCAGUUGCCCGGAGAAGAGAGCUACAGCGUCCACUCCGUGGCCAAGAGCGGACUGGGCCUGGAGCUGGGCCCCCAGCCUCAGGGAGUGCUGCGGGCUGACCUUCUCGUCAGGAUGAGGGCCUUGGUGGCCGCAGCCCUGGACUUCAUCCAGCUCUUCAACCAGGGCACCGCAUUUCCUGCCUUUGAGAUGGAAGCGUAUAGAAAAGUGAGCAGCGUGGACUUCCCACGCACGGAGACCGGGGACCUGGCAGGCACCGUGCAUCCUCAGCUGCAGGACCGAGACUUCGAGCCGCUGAGGCCUGGAGCACCCAUCUUCCAGAUGUGCAGCGGCAAGGACGUGCUCUAUGAAGGGGAGUCCACUGUGUACCCCGUGUUCAUCAAUGAGGCCGCCUACUACGAGAAGGGCAUUGCCUUCCUCCAGACGGAGAAGCUCACGUUCUCUGUGCCCGCCCUGCCCGGGCUGGCCCCCGCCCCCUCCCCAGCUCCCUAACCCAGGCCACACCUGCCCGGCCUCAGCCUCCCACCUGAGGCAUGAUCCCCAGCUCAGAGGUCCCCUUGCCACCUUCUAUGUACCAUGAUCCUUGCCACACCCUCCCACCUCCCUGCCUCAGUUUCCCAUUCUAUAAAGGGGAAGAUGUCCAGGGGUCCAUGGUUUGUGUCCUCCAUCUUGUGUGGUGCCUCUCUGUGGCCUCAGGAUCUGGGGCAAGUCUGGCCCCGUCUGGCCUUGGACAUGCUGUGUGUCCUGGGGCCAGUGGUAGCUGUCUCUGUGCCCAUGCUUGUCCAGGGAGGAUCCUAUACUGUGAGGGAAACUGAGAAAGACUGUCCUCGAACCAGCAGAAGGGCUUCCGGAGGCCAUGACCAGAGGAGGGUCCCCAACUUCCUACACUCCUGGGGCCAGAGGGUCGGCUAGGAGAGCAGAAGUGUGUGGCCACGUGUGUGGGUGCCCAUCUGUAUGCCCGCCCCAGGUGCUGUGUGUGCACGUGUUUCCGAGAACCAGUGCCUUGGCUGUUCUGGGAGGAUCUGCAUGUGAUGGGCGCACAGCCCCAUGUGCGUUUCCAGAGACCAGGUGUAAAACCAAGGCCCGGGCGACUGAGGAGGGAAGGACAGUCCUGCCAGGAGACCGAGGACG